UCUGCUAGAUCUGCUUAUUAAAAAUUAAGGCUCUCCACCUCGGGGAAAGUUUGGUCUCUUUUUGCAACUUUUCAUAAUUCUCUCUCACACAUACACACAUUAUUCCUCUCAAUGGGAAGAGCCCCAUGUUGUUCUAAAGUGGGAAUGAGAAAAGGUGCAUGGACUACAGAAGAAGACAUGCUCCUCACUAAUUAUAUCCACCUCAAUGGUGAAGGAAAUUGGAGGUCUUUGCCUAUGAAUGCUGGACUUCUUAGAUGUGGCAAGAGUUGCAGACUAAGAUGGGUGAACUAUCUUCGACCAGGUAUUAAGAGAGGAAAUUUCAGUCCAGAGGAAGAUGAUCUUAUCAUCCGUCUUCAUUCAAUCCUAGGUGCUCGAUGGUCCCAGAUUGCUGGAAGAUUGCCAGGAAGAACUGAUAACGAGAUCAAGAAUCAUUGGCACACGAAUCUCUUGAAGAAACUCAAGGCAGCAGGAAUCGAACCAAAACCUAAAAAAUCCACUCCGAAACGAACUAUUAAAUCUUUUAAUAAAAGAAAACAUAGACAAAACAAAGAAGAGAAACGGCAAAGACAGGCACAAAAGUCAAGAAAGACAGAUAACCUGCUGGAACAGGAAAAGCGCCAGAGCCAGAUGGAAAAAGAUGAAGCAGUAGUUGAGAAGAUCCACGUGCAUAUCCCAAAACCAAUAAGGCUUACACAUGGAUAUUCAUAUUCUUCAAGCCAAAGUAGUUGUCAAGAUAAUGAUGCUGCCCAAAUUACCCUCAUGUUGAAUUCUAAGGAAGUUGACAAGAAGGAAGACAAAAUUGAAGAAAUUUAUGAGAAGAUUCAAUUGUUUGAUGAAUUGUUGAAUGGAUGUGGUGAUUUUUCAACUGAAUGCUCAGAGCCAACUAGCUGCAGUUACACCCUAAAGGAGGUUUACAAAGAGUAUUUUCAGCUUCUUUCUGAAAUUUGAGAUAUUAAUUCCUCAUCAAGCUUUUUAAAUGUUUGAUCCAAUUUUUUGAAAAUGGUUGUUUGAUGGUCACAUUGGUCCAGAAAAGAAUGAUUCAGGAGCUUUUAGAAAGUGUGCAAAUGAAGUUAA